GGUGACAGCGCGAAUGUGUGUGUGUUCCGGGUGGAGGUGACAGCGUGAAUGUGUGUGUGUUCCGUGUGGAGGUGACAGCGUGAAUGUGUGUGUGUGUUCCGGGUGGAGGUGACAGCGUGAAUGUGUGUGUGUGUUCCGGGUGGAGGUGACAGCGUGAAUGUGUGUGUGUUCCGGGUGGAAUUGACAGCGUGACAACACGGAAGUGGAGCGUCUCUGGUGUCAGGAGCAGAAACCCUCGGCGGUUCCGUCCAGGUCCUGGAUCUUGAUUGUGCUGGUUACUUAUUUCUCAAUUGAGAUGAAUAAAAUCUGCAGCAGCUUGUCCACAAGUAUGACACCGUUGUGAACACAGCGAGACGACGACAUUCAGAUCUUCAAUGGCUCCAGUUCCUCCAGGGAUCCGCCUACUUGGCUCCUUCAGCAGGGACCAGUGGUACAAAGCUCUGACUUUCACCCUCACCUUCCUGCUCUACACCAGUUUCCACCUCUCCAGGAAACCCAUCAGCAUUGUUAAGAGCGAGCUUCACAAGAACUGCUCGUCUGUGAGUGAACUGGUUCCCAGUGCUUCCAGCAGCAGGAACCAGGAGGCCUUCCCAGCAUCACUGGACACAGGCAGGGACUGUAGCUGGAAACCUUUUGAUAAAAGCAACUACAAGCAGCUGCUGGGAGCCAUGGACUACUCCUUCCUGUGUGCCUAUGCUGUUGGAAUGUACCUGAGUGGCAUCAUUGGGGAGCGGGUGCCCAUCCGGGUGUACCUGACGGUGGGAAUGCUGAGCAGCGGCCUAUUCACUUGCAUGUUUGGGCUGGGAUACAUCUACAACGUGCACAACAUCAGCUUCUACAUCUUUGUCCAGUUGGUGAACGGCCUGGUUCAGACCACUGGCUGGCCCAGUGUGGUCACCUGCAUCAGUAACUGGUUUGGAAAGGGAAGGCGUGGACUCAUCAUGGGUCUGUGGAACUCCCACACCUCUGUGGGAAACAUCCUGGGCUCUCUGAUCGCUGGUUACUGGGUGUCCUCCAACUGGGGACUAUCCUUCAUUGUUCCGGGGCUCAUCAUCGCAGCCAUGGGGAUCAUCUGCUUCCUCUUCCUGAUCGAGCAUCCCAAUGACCUAAGGAACAUGUAUGUUCAGAACCGUUCUCCAGACGGGACUGUUCCAUCAAGGCAUUGGACUGGAGCAAAUGGACAAACUCAGGUGUACCUGCAGUAUGACAACAAAAAACAGAGUGGUGAUUUGGAGCUGCUGCUGCCCAAAGACAGUGAGCGUGUCACAAUCCAGCCAGUUGUGGUGGUAAAGAGUCAGUCGGAGCUGUCCGCCAUCAGCUUCAUGGGAGCACUGCAAAUACCAGGGGUGGUAGAGUUCUCUCUGUGUCUGCUGUUCGCUAAGCUGGUCAGCUACACCUUCCUGUUCUGGCUGCCGCUGUACAUCACCAAAGCAGCUCACCUGGAUGCAAAGAAAGCUGGAAAUCUGUCCACUCUGUUUGAUGUUGGUGGAAUUGUGGGGGGUGUCCUGGCUGGACUGGUCUCCGAUAAACUGGGAAAGAGGGCCACCACAUGUGCAGUCAUGCUGCUGUUGGCUGCCCCCACACUCUACGGCUUCUCCAUGAUCAGCCAGUUUGGUCUGGGCCCAACCAUCGGGAUGCUGUUGGUUUGUGGAGGCCUGGUCAAUGGCCCAUACGCCCUCAUCACCACUGCUGUGUCAGCUGAUUUGGGGACCCACAAAAGCCUGAAAGGUAAUUCCAGAGCACUGUCCACCGUCACAGCCAUCAUUGAUGGGACAGGGUCUGUAGGCGCAGCACUGGGCCCCCUGCUGGCCGGUCUGUUGUCUGCAGGUGGCUGGAAUCAGGUCUUUUACAUGCUGAUGGCUGCCGACUUCCUUGCUCUGCUGCUUCUGUCACGACUUGUGAUGAAGGAGACGACGUCGUCUAAAACCCAUCCAAUCUCCACCAUCCAGCUGAAGGAACAUUGAACAUGUGGAUGUUAUGAAGCCUGAGACUAAGAUGGACUGAAACCACUACUAGAAGACUGAAUUGAACUCUGUUGGACUCCUUUGAAACUUCAUCAUGCAGCACUCAUCAGACUGGAUAUCCUCUGUCACUGAGGCUCCACCAUGCACAUACUUGUCCACUGAGAUGGACUCUUUCAGCAGGUUGAAGCUCUUUGAAACCUAAGCUUGGACUGAAGACAGGAAACAUUUCUGUUCAAUUCUUGCAGCGGUUCUCUAAAACAGCAGCUUCCACAUCUGUGGACCUCAUGGCCACUUCCUGAACAUUCAUCAAAUAUCAACCAACUAGGACCACUUUGUUCGUAUGGUGUUAUUUCAGGGGUUACGGUCUGAGGACCAAGUUACAUCAUGUCAUGAAUAAGAUUUGAGGUUUAAAGAAGACGUGCCGAUUACGUUUUAACUGAUUAAUUAAGAGCAUUGCCCUAACCAUAUCUCUUAGUUUAAAAAUAUGUAAAUUAGUGAUCUGUUCAGAUUUGAAGGUUAUUGUGACAUCACAGACCUAGAUCAGAGUAGAAUUAUCCACUUGCCCAUCAUUAUCUUCUUACAGCAUCAGUCAAUGCUGCACUUUUUGCUCAUCUGGACUAGGUACCACAAAUCUUUAGCUGUGUUUCCAUUAAAGUUUCAAAGCAAUUUUUGAAAAAAGUUAAUGAAACUCAACUGUGAAAUAUCUGUGUCCAUUUUCACUUCUCUGAUAAGGCCGUUCUUGAAUAACAGUCCAGAACUUCUUUGUUUUCGGCAGGUACAUUAUUAUUAUGUGGUCAGUUUUUACCUUUUACCGCAAAAUAACAGAUGGCUGCAGCAAAAUUGUAUUAAGUCAAGGCUCUUCAUGAAACUGGCCACAUCUGAGGAUUUCUGGGAAGAUAGUGUCAAGAAUAUAAUAAAGGGCCAGUGGAUUGAGAACCUCAGGAUGACUAAAACAUUUUUUCUGUGAGGAUAUUUCCUGCAGGUUAACCCUUCUGGUUAACCUACUACCUACUGUGUUGGUGUUUAAUUGACCAAUGGGACUGUCUAGCUGCUGUUUCAGAGUAAUUGCUGUGUCUGAACCAGGUGAAAGCAUGUGAUGGAACUGACAGUAGUUGUUGGUUUCGUUAUUGGUGAACCCAAAGCUCUGAUUUCCUGAAGUGGAGACAGGAAUCUCCAGGAGUGGAACCCAACUCGUCAUGACCUAUCACAUGACCAAUUAUACAUCACACAUUUUUUUACAGUGCACUUUUGACAGGAAAGGUGUGGUUUAAUGCUAAUUGUAACAAUCAUAUAAAACUGGAAAAUUGUCCUAUGAUUUUUUUCUUUAAACAUUUAACUUGAAGUCAGUGAUCACCUUGGAUGUCUUUUUCAGAUUUGUUUAAUAUUUAUUCUGUUAAUUUAUUGUUUGACUGCAUAAUUGAAGGAAUCUUUUGAUGUAAACUAUGGGGUCAUUUAAUUUCUUGGUGGAUUGCUGAGCUUACUGUUUUCCUCUGAUCAUUAAUUAUUUUGAUUUUGACACUGAUUAUGUGUUCACUACUUGAAAUAUGGUGUGCCUUCUUCAUCUUUUAACUUUGCACUCACCUUUUGUUUACAUAAAAUCACAACCCAUUUAUGUGAUCUGACAAGUCUAAAAAUAUUGUAAAAACAAUAAACCUUUAGUUUUUUUCAUUUAAAUCUUUAA